AUGGCCGAAGAAGCGCCGGCGACACCACCUCCGAAGAAAGGUCGGAGGAGGAGGGUUGCUGAUCUUUCGGGGUUGGCACAGGCCUGGGAACAAGAGAAGGAUGUGAGAAAGGGAGCGAGGAAGAGGAAGUGUUUGCUUCAGUGGAAGGAUCCUACCAAGGUUGGUCUCAUAGGCUUCAGCAGCAUCAAGGACAACUGGAAGGUGCUUCUGCAUUUGAUCAGCAUUUACUGUCCCGACUCCCCGCCGUCCAAGACAGUUCCGGUUGAUGAUGUCAAGCCCCAGGUUGAGAAGUUCUACGACGAGAUUAAU